CAAGCUUGUGUUUUCACCGUGAAGGACACAAUUUGAUAUUUUGGGGGAAUAACAAUCUUAAGAUGAGAGCUAUACAAGUUCUUCUCGGUGGCAGGUGGCAGAUGGCAGAUGGCCACCUUUACAGUAAAAAGAAAUGUUAUUUAUUCACUAAAGCACAAAUAACAAAAUAUGGGGUGGCAGGUGCAUUGUGUGUGACCGUUGGAUAUGUUUUGGUUAAUGCACUACCACAAAGAGCAAUCGAUCCUAAUCCACCACCACCACCACUACCAGGGGCACCCCCUAUACCACCACCCCCCGGUCCAGGAGGAUGUGAACCAAAUUUUGCAUGUGAAUCGGCUUAUCAAGUUGCAGUUAUGGGUAAUUAUCCAUGCCAAGCCGCUCAAGACUUUAAGACGUGUGUUGAUGCAGCAGCGAGUCUGUGUAUUCCACCAGUUUCAUCAUUAGUACAAGCUAUGGUAUCAGGGGCAGCAGCCGCUGUGGCAGACAAUUGUAAUGAACUUCCCGCAGAAUUACCAGCAUGUGCUGAAAUGUGCGUUCCUUAUGAAGACAGAGCUUUGGGUGAUUGGGCUGAUUCGAAACAACAAUCGGGUUGCGAACAAUAUGCACUCUACGGACAAUGUUUACAAAUCUAUGCUGAUCCAAACUGCAAAGUUGCAAGUUUCUUGGCUGAUGCUGUCGCAAUAUACAAUAGAGAUUGUCAAAGUUUAUAACUUUUUUUUCAUUACUUUUAUUUGUUUGAAAAGAAAAGAAAAUUUAAAAGAUAA